AUGCAUUUCUCAGUCUUACAAGAUCAAUCCUAUGACAAGCGACGCGGCGCGCCCAAUGAUCUAUUCCCGCCUGCGUCUUAUCCAACCUAUUCGUCUUCAUCUCCUCUUCCAGCUCUCGCCUCACCUACUCCAUACGAUCCAAGAGACCACCCUGCCCAAGCACAGACGCCUUGGGCGAUUCCAAUCCCUACCAUGCAUUAUUCGCAUACACAGCCAGCUCCACGCCCAUCAAUUGAUAGUCCUCUGAGCCCAAAUGACAAUGGUAGCAUCCCGCGCCUAAGCGUGGAUCACGCAACGAAUGGAAUUGUCAAUAUUUGGACGGGAGAACGUGGUAGACGGCAGGACUAUACCGACAUGGGUGGCUCGCCCUUUGAUGUUCAUUUCACGCACAACGAAAUCGUUUUACACGUCCGCAAGCACGAGUAUCCGCUCAAGAUUAAACUGUGUACGGGCUCUCAUAACAUCAAGAUUUACCUCCCCCGUACCUUUAACGGAAUUCUCACGCACGAAGUCUCUUCAACCCCUACGAAUCCGUCAUCCAACGGUCCACAUUACCCCAAGCCACACUUUUCGCAAUCAAUCAAAGCGCACACCAAUGCGCUCUCGAAUCCAGACGCGAAACGCGGUAAGAGCUUUGUGGGGGAUUGGCAAAACCAUGUUGGUGUCUCCGAGUCGAGUGGGGAUCGGUGCGACGUGUCUACAAAGACGGGGACGAUUUGGUUUGGAUACGAGGAUGAGACAGAAGGGGAAAAGGGACGUAGAGGUAGCUGGCUCAAGUCUUUGCGACCUUCGAAUGAUUGA